AUGGCGUCUAUACCAGUUAUCGUGAAGCACCAGGGCAAACGUCAUGAGGUCGAACUUGAUCUAUCCUCGAACGGUGAAACGCUUAAGUACCAAUUAUAUUCCCUCACCGGCGUGGAACCCGAACGACAGAAAAUUCUGGUCAAAGGAGGACAACUCAAGGAUGAAACUCCAUUGUCCUCGCUCAACGCCAAACCGGGCCAGACAUUCAUGAUGAUGGGCACGCCAUCUGGAGGCCAAGGAUCCGGGGAUUUGGGCCGCCCGAAAGAAGCAGUGAAGUUCCUGGAGGAUAUGACGGAGGCUGAGGCUGCAAGAGCAGAGGGAGCUACCCCUGCUGGUCUUCAGAACCUUGGUAAUACUUGCUACCUCAACUCUACGCUGCAGACAUUGAGAAGUGUUCCUGAGCUCCAACAGGAGCUUCUGAGGUAUCGCUCUUCGGCAGGUGCUGGUGGAUCAUCGAACCUCUCGGAUCUCAGCAGUUUUGGCCUUGGUGGCAUCGGCGCCUCAAUGGACCUGACUGCUUCUUUGCGGGAUUUAUUCAAGCAAAUGUCUGAAACGCAGGAGGGAUUUCCGCCUCUUAUGUUCCUGAAUGCUUUGAGGAACGUGUUCCCCCAGUUCGCUCAGAGAGAUCGAAAUGGUCAUGGUUAUGCCCAGCAAGAUGCUGAAGAGGCAUGGUCUCAAAUCGUAACUCAACUGCGGAACAAGCUGCUAAUCAAGGAGGGCGAGGGCGAAUCCAGCAAUGAAAUAUCUUUCGUGGAUAAAUACCUUGCUGGACGGUUUGAGUCUGUGACGGAAUGUGAUGAGCCGGGAGCGAAAGAGGCUGGCGAGCAAGCCACCCCAAGCUCGGAUGUCUUCUACAAGCUUGAUUGUCACAUCGGUAAAGAAACAAACCAUUUGCAUGAUGGCAUAAAAGCCGGCCUUGAAGAGAAGAUUGAAAAGCACUCCCCUACUCUAGACCGUGAUGCCAUUUACACAAAACGUUCACACAUUGCUCGAUUGCCUAAAUACUUGACUGUGCACUUCGUUCGUUUCUUUUGGAAGCGCGAAACCCAGAAGAAGGCCAAGAUCAUGCGUAAAGUUACAUUCCCUGCCGAGCUUGAUGCGGUAGACUUCUGCACGGAUGAGCUCAAAAAGGAACUUAUCCCAAUUCGUGACAAAGUACGGGAGAUCCGAAAGGAGGAACUUGAUGUUGAGCGUGCUCGCAAGCGUCAGAAGCUUGCCCAUCAGCGGGAUGAAGUGAAGUCUACCGAAGUGGAAUCUGAGUCUUUGGAGCCAAUGCAGAAAAAGAAAGCCGCCGAAGAACGGAAAGAUGCAAAGGCUACCGAGAAGGAUGAUGAUUCGGCAAUGACUGACGUCUUCAAGUCCGAUGCAGAAUACGAAGCUGAGAAGGCGGCUUCUAUCCUUGCAGCAAAGAAGGAGCUUUCCGAACUUAUCGAUCCUAAGCUUCGCUCCGACGAGGGUACCAACAAAUCAGGCCUUUAUGAGCUACGAGGAGUAAUCACACACCAAGGUGCCAGCGCUGACAGUGGCCACUACACUGCAUAUGUCAAGAAACAAGCCCAUGGUAACAAAGAAGAGGAUGGAAAGUGGUGGUGGUUCAACGAUGAGAAAGUGACUGAAGUGGAGGCGGAGAAGAUUGAGACUCUUUCUGGUGGCGGCGAGUCUCAUUCUGCGUUGAUUCUCCUCUACCGCGCGAUUGACCUGCCCACUGCGGACUAA